AAAAAUGAACUAUUUAGAAAUUCUAAAACCUAACGAAAUGCAUAGAGGUCAGAGAAAAAGAAUUACAUUGCCCAGGAAGUUGAAGAGAAAAUUUAGAACGACGAAGCUGAAAAGAGUAAACACUUUCACAGUAGGAAGCGAAAAUUGCGAAGGUACUAUUUUGAAAGUUCUUUCACUGCAUUCUUGACGUCAAUCAAAAUUCGCUUACAUCCUGAUGAGUCUUGUCCUACUUUCCGCGCCAACGGGUUCUUUGCUUUCAUUUCGGAUCUUAAAAUAUUUACUUUCGCCGCUUUGAAGUACUAGUUCGAUGCGCAAAUGACCUCAAAACACAUCGUCUAAGAUUUGAUAUUAGUUAGUCUCUUUCUUCCAUUCACAGCAAUCAGACAGCUGCAGUUUCAAGAUAUUCUUUGAAACGAAACAUAUGCAUCUUACGGCAUAAACAUUUAGGAAUAAUAAUGAAUACAUCGCACUCUUAAGAUAAAAAGGAUUUUAGAAGUUUUCUCUGCGCAAUGGUUGAUAACUUGUAUUUGUUAUUGCUUAUCAUUCCUUUAUCUUUGUUCCUGGUUUUAAAACUAUAUUUACGCAUUUCGGCUGGAGUAUGCAACAGCAGAAAGACGUUAGAAGGGAAAGUUGUGGUCGUAACUGGGGCGAACUCCGGGAUAGGAUUUGAAACAGCCUGUGAACUAGCACUUCGAAAAGCAAAAGUUAUUCUUGCCUGCCGCAGUGUAGAAAGAGGAGAAAAAGCAGCGAAGAAAAUUACAGAUGCAACAGGUAAUAACAAUGUCGUCGUUCGACAAUUGGAUCUGUCAUCAAUGAACUCCAUCAGACAGUUUGCAACUGAAAUGUAUGCUAAAGAACAGAGACUGGAUGUACUGAUACAUAAUGCUGGCAUCACACCCAAGCCCGGUUUGCAUCUGACAGCUGAAAAUUUGGAACUUCAGUUUGCAACCAACCAUUUCGGUCCAUUUUUGCUUACACAUCUGCUUCUAAAUUUGCUGAAAAGAUCCACCCCCUCCCGUAUAAUAGUAGUUUCUUCAUGCACGCAUCUUUGGGCCACUCUUGAUUUGGACAACUUGAACUGUGAAAAAUACGUAAGAGACCCUUACUGGAUCUACUGCAGCACUAAACUAGCAAACAUUUUGUUUGUUCGUGAACUUUCGAAAAGAUUGAUAGGAACAGGGGUUACAGUCAAUGCGUUGCAUCCUGGAGGUGUAAGGACAUCAAUAGCUCGCAAUGCCAGAUGGUUCAUUAAGUAUAUAAUAAUUCCAAUAGUUUACCCAUUUCUUAAAAGUGCAAAUAGUGGGGCGCAGACGACUGUAUACUUGGCAGUGGCAGAUGAAAUACAGAAUAUUUCAGGUGAAUACUUUGUUGAUUGCAAAAUCUACUGGACAUCACGAGCCGCAAAGGACGACGUGAAAGCUAGAGAACUAUGGAAACUGUCAGAGAAAUUCACAGGUUUGUGUUAGUUAAAAUUUGAGCAUUUAAAAAUCUACUUCUGAAAUACAUAUAAAAUGUUAUGUAAUACCUGAAACUACAUUCAGGUAAAUCUUUACUUUUUUAUGAUAGCGCAGAACACGUGAAUGCAAUUUAAUUGUUAAAUUCUAUAGCCCAAAUAUAUUUAUUUUGUGACUUCAUAUGCUCUAGCAAAAAUUUAUCUUUCAAUAGUGAAAAUAUUCAUAUCUAUGAUCUGAAAAUAAUUUCCUUCAUUUAGAAUUAUAAAAAUGGAAUUUUUUCCUCUUUUGAUAAAAAAUUUAAUAUUUAGAACUGACUAUACAAAUAGAAUAGAGAGAUGCUGAACAUUUCAAUACAGCAAUAUAUUUAUUUAGUAAUUUCACUUUCCUGAGCAAAAACUUAUUCUUUGUUCAGAAGAUAUAUAUUUAAGGUGUGAGAAUAAAUUCCUCAAACUAUCAAGUCUAAAAUUCAUCAGCUUUAUUGAAAAAUAAAGAGAUUACAUCAUGCUGCAAAAUAAAAAUAAAACACCUUAAUAAAGCAAAAAUGCCUAAUGAAUAUAUAAUGAAAUCAUUAAAAAUGUAUACAAUUCCCCCUCUGCAAACAAUUUCAAAAGAUUAUUUGUACCUUCUUAAUUCAUAAACAUAUCGAGUAUAAUCUUACUUCUAAGAAAAACCACAAUUUUAGAGCAAUAGUCUUAGUUGCGUUGUUAAUGUUACUCUACUUUCAGUCAGAAAAAUAUAUUGAACUUGCUAUUUAAAAAAAAAAAAAAAAAACUAAGAAUUGAUUUACUAAAAUACAGCUAAAGAUUUAUAUCAGUAACAUUGAUAAUGUGUUGAAAUGUAAUGAUCCUACAUGGAAAACCCAUGGCUUCAGACUAUUUUGAUCUUCUGUAAAGAUUAUUGCCCUAGAGAAUAAAACUAUUGCUCAUGUUCA